GGGGCCGUUGGGACGCCUGAGGUAUGGCGGCGGUCGGUGCCGGCCGCGGGUGAGGGUGGUUUCUUGCCGUCGGGUUUCUGUGGGGUCGGUCGGUUAACGGCGCCCCUCAGGAGGAUCGCAUCUGACGACGCGGCGCUGGUUACGCGGCGAGGCAGCGUGUAAAGCACGGGGCUGGAUUAGCUUCAACAUGCCUGUUCACUGCAGCAGCUGUGGGAAGAAGGCAGCAGUCCUCAGGCGUCCCAAAACAGGGCAUUCUCUUUGUAAAGAGUGCUUUUUCUGGGCUUUUGAAGAGGAGACUCACCAGACAAUCAUAUCUGCAAAGCUUUUCCAGAAGGGAGAGACCAUUGGAAUUGGGGCUUCUGGUGGGAAAGACUCAACUGUUCUGGCUCAUGUUUUGAAAGUCUUAAAUGAUCGAUAUAAUUAUGGGUUAAAUCUAAUGCUGCUUUCCGUGGACGAAGGCAUUAGUGGUUAUCGUGAUGACUCCUUGGAGACGGUAAAGAGAAACCAGCAACAGUAUGACCUGCCACUCAAGAUUAUUUCCUAUGAAGAGCUAUAUGGCUGGACGAUGGACCAGAUUGUGAAGAAAGUUGGUUUGAAGAACAACUGCACUUUCUGUGGUGUCUUCAGGCGGCAAGCUCUCGAUCGUGGAGCCAUGAUGCUGAAAGUGGACAAGGUCUGCACAGGUCACAAUGCAGAUGAUAUUGCUGAGACAGUCUUGAUGAAUUUCCUGCGUGGAGAUAUUGCUCGAUUGCGCCGCUGUACGGCGAUUACUACAGGUAGUGAAGGGGCAAUUCCCCGUUGCAAGCCACUCAAAUAUGCUUAUGAGAAAGAGAUUGUGCUGUAUGCUUACUUCAAGAAACUGGACUACUUCUCCACCGAAUGUGUGUAUUCCCCUAAUGCAUAUCGGGGCUACGCCCGUACUUUCCUGAAAGACCUGGAGUCAAUCCGACCAAGUGCUAUUAUGGAUGUGAUUCACUCUGGUGAAAACCUCUCUGUGAAGGAGGAUGUGAAGAUGCCCAAACAAGGCACCUGUACACGCUGUGGUUACAUUUCUAGCCAAGCGCUCUGCAAGGCUUGUGUUCUGUUGGAGGGACUGAACCGUGGGCUUCCUAAACUUGGUAUUGGCAAGCACGCAAAACUGCAUAGCCGACUGCUAAACAAGGAACCACUCACUGAGGCAGAGAUGAAGAAAUUAAGAGUAGUUGAUUUCUGAAUACUUGCAGCUACUUUGACAUUUAGGUUUAAACUCUGUAACUUAUUUGGCCGAAGCUGCCUUAAAAUGUUAACUGGCCAGUUUAUGACCAAGGUGCUUCUAUUAAUCUGAAUAGAAUUGCUGGUAUCAAAUAAUCCUUUUUGUCAUGCUAAUGUCUGCCAACAUAGCAAUAUCAUGAAGUAAAAUUUUAAUUAAGUUGCAAAGACAGUCCACUCGUCAUUACAACAUUUGGAGUAAUAUUUGUAGAGAGAUGGAAUCUAGUGCUGAGGACCCAGCACCAUUCUGCUCUUUUCCUACAAAUUCCUACAAUGGAACAGUAAAGUUAAUUUACAGAUUUUCUUGAAAAGCAGAGAUUUUUGAGGAGUAUUAGAUAAAGGUCAAGUGCAAUAGUUGAUCAAUAGGUAAUUUACAAUUUGCACCACGUUAUGAAAAUCUGUGUUUAUGUAAGUCUUUGUAUACCAAGAUUUAAGGUAAAUAUUGGAAGAAAAAACAAACAUAACCAAGGUGAUAAAACUUCCAGUAGGAGAAUGCAUAUAAAUUUGGUUAAUCUGAAUGCUGUUCUUAUUUUAUGUGAGACCAGAACAUUAAUCACACUGGUUUGGCUCUAAGGGGGAUGUUUUUGGCAGGUUUGCUCAGAAGUGGAAAUAUAAAUAGUGUGGUUGGGAGAGGAAAGAAAGAAAGCCCAGAGCAAGGGAGCAACAAACUGCUGGUACCUGGGAUGCUUGCUGCUAGCAUUUGCACUAAGAUCUUUCACCUUGCUGAGAUCUGUGAUUGUGUGAGUCAUUCUCUACACACUAGACUCCAGGCAUAGUUUGAAUUGACUUAGAGAAGGACUGCUGCAUGGGGGAGGUGGAUUAAUCCGAGUGCUAGUCAGCUCAGGCUAUUUACUGAAAAUAUAAAAUUGUAGAUGCUGGAAAUGUGAAAUAAUAAGAUGAAAUGUUGGAAACACUACACAGGGUCAGGCAAUAACUAUGAAAAGACAAACAGAUUUAACCAUGACUAUUGCUAGGGCAAUACUGUCCUCACCCUAUCAGAAAGAUUCCCUUUGUCCUAUUUAUCCCUUCGCAACCCUCUGCAAAUAUAAACUAUAUUCUUUUUACACUUUCUCAGGUCUGAUAAGGGUCUUCAACUUGAAACAUUAAUUUCUUUUCUACAAAUGCUGCCUGACCAGAUGAGUGUUUCCAUUGUUUCCUGUUUUUUUUUCCCUCAGACUAUGUACUGCGUAGCUUAGUAAAUAUUGGAGGGCAGUUUGACUGGCUGUUCUACCUACUCAGUACAUAAAGUGCUCAUAACUUACUACUUCUAUCUUUAAUAAACGUGUAUUCAUUCUGGACCUCUCAGAGUCAUAGAGACAUACAGCACAGAAACAGACCCUUUGGCUAAACUCGUUCAUGCCGACUGUGUUGCUCAGCGAGCUGGUCCUAUCUGCCUGUGUUUGGCCCAUAGCCCUCUAAACCUCUCCUAUCCAUGUACUUAUCUAGAUGGCUUUUAAAUGUUGCUAAUGUACCCGCCUCAACCACCAUUUCUGGCAGCUCAUUCCAAAUACGCACCACCCUUUGCGUGAAGAAACUGCCCCGAUGUCCCUUUUAAAUCUCUUGCCUCUGAUCUUAAAUCUAUGCUCUCUUGUUUUUAGCACCCCUCCCUGGGGCAAAAGACUAUGUGCCUUCACCCUGUCUAUGCCCCUCAUGAUCUUGUAUACCUCUAUCAGGUCAUCCUCAAUCUCCUACCCUAGUCUUCGCAGCCUCUCCUUGUAACUCAGGCCUCCAAGUCCAAGUAAUGUCCUGGUAAAUCUUUUCUGCACUCUUUCCAGUUUAAUAACGUCAUUGUUGAAUACCAGAACAUGACAGACUGCAGAAUUUGGCAUGGAAGUAUUUCUUCAGUUAAGAACUGUCCAAUCUUUCCAUACUUGGACAUAUGGGCAAUUUGAGUUCGGAACCAUGUUCAUAACCAGAUAAAUGAGGACCAAAUCAUUUAAUUUUAAAGUGUUUUCUGUUUUAGUAGAAAUAACCAAUUGUAAUGUUUUGGUCCUCUGGUGGAAAAGAGAAGGGUGAGUUGGUUUAGUGAUUAUUGGGAUUAAUGGUUUACAAUGAUGUCCACACUGAACACUGUGCCCUGGCAAGACAGCCUGGUAUGAUUAUACAUUAAAUGUGUUUAACUCAAUACAAAGUCUUAUCAAUUUAGUUUUGUAUUUAUAUUCAUUAACAUCUGGAUUUAUUUUAAUAAAAAUAAUUUAAUAAAUGG